AUGGCUGAGGAUAUUCAUGAUGAUUCUAAUGAUGACACUCAACAGCUUGAAGCUGAGAAUCGAGAGAAUGAAAAUGAAGCUAACACUAAAGAGGAAGCAGAUAAAACAAGAAUGCAUGAUGACAAUGUUCGGAACACGGAACGGGAACUGUACGAUGGUGCUGCACAACCGAGGGCAGAGGAGAAUAUUGAUAUCACUCUGUGUGUAAUAUGUUUGGACAGAGAACGGAAUGCUGCUGUGUUCCCGUGUGGCCACACCCAUCUUUGCCUGACCUGUGUCAAGCGACUGAGAGAAGAAAAUGGACUGUGUCCCAUGUGUCAGAGACAUAUCCAAGAAUACAGAGAGGUCUUUGUGUAA